UGAUGCUGAACAGACGAUCGAUAUUAUACAACCGGUUACCUAGACCGGAGUUUGCAACAAUAGGAGGGAAUUGAUCCAGUGUCUUUAUACUAAUAGAGAUCUGGAAAAUAUUGAAUGAAUUUGAGGAUCUUGAGUCUUGCCCGGGGGAUGAGCGACAACGGAGGAUCAAAUGUCGAGGAGAGCGACGAGGCCGACGACUUUCUUGAUUACGAUGCGAUUCUGCGAUGUCAUAUUUGUCAUCAACUUUUCCGGAAACCUCGGAUUUUGCCAUGCGGUCACACAUUCUGUGAGGAGUGUUUAAUUCAGCUGAGGGAUAAAACUGCAAGAGAGUGGCGGAUAAAGUUCCCCCUAAACAACAAACGAGGAGAUGGGGGAACACUCCACUGUCAGAUUCCCGGAUGUCAAUAUUCAAUGAAACUGAUGAAUCUGACACGCUGGGCGCCGAGGAACAAAGUUGCAUCUGAGGCAAUAAAGGUGUUGAAACGAAACAGUUUUGCAAAAAUGGGUCCUACCACAAGAACAUCUGAAAACUCCCUAGAUGUAUUUGACUGCCAUUCCAAUCAUUAUGGAAGGACACACAGAAACCUUUGCAUUACGACAGGGGAAGUUGGCAAUGCAGAAAUUGUUAGCAAAGUGGCCUAUACAAAUCAUCACAAUAACAAAUUUGCAAUUGCCAUGCAGUUGCGUCAUACUACUCUUAAUGGUGCCGCUCCACCAGGAUACAGGGAUAAUGCUGAUGGAAAAUCUUUCUGCACAAAUGCUAUUUAUGACGCUAUUAUACAGAAUGGAUUUGGAUCAGCAAAAAUGAUACACGUUCCGCAAAAGGCUGUCCAAGGUUGGAAAUCUUUUGCAGUUGUCUUUGGUAUCCAAGCUAUUGGCGAAUGUUUGUCCUUUCAGUAAGAUUACAUUCUUACAAUCAAGAGUUAGUUACCCGUACUUCUACAAGUGGAAAAAAAUGCUUAUUUAUAGUCAUCUUGAAAAGAAUUUAUUUUCAUUGUGGAUUUUCGUUAUUGUUUCUUUUACCAUGAUAACAUCAUAGAUAAAAUUUCGCUCCAUAAUGAAAAUAGAAGUCGAUAUUUUUCGUGACGAAGUUAAGCAGCUGUGAUAUAUCUGCAUGUGAUGCUUGUUACCCAUGUUUCAUGUAUUACUUAAUAAAAUGGUAUAAAGGUAA